CCUCGCGGGCCGCUGGGGGCCCGGAGCCAGGAGGUUUCCGCCCCCUUGGAGAAGCCACGCCUCCUGCUCUGCCCAGGCUCCGGGGCGGGGCCCGCCGAGGGCUCCUGCCCGCCCGGUCCUGCCAGGGCCCGCCUGGCCCUUUAAGGCUGACCGAGCCGGGCCCCAAGUCCGGGACGCUCGUGGGGGGUGGGGGGCGGUCACGUGGGCUGCGGCCGGCGCGACUCGGCUCUAGGCGCUCGCGCCCGGGGCUCCCGGGACCGCGGACCCUGCCCCUCGCCGGCGCCAGCCAGGUACUCUGCUGGCAGGGACGGCCUCGCCAGGUGACCCCGGACGCGCCAGGCUGGGGUCGCCUCUGAGCGCCCCGCGGGGGCCAUGGAUGGUGAGACAGCAGAGGAGCCUGUGCCCCCUCAAGGAGCACCCUGCGGACCUGGCUCAGCUGGCGCUCCUGCCCUCGGGGGGCGGCGGGAGCCCAAGAAGUAUGCAGUGACCGAUGACUACCAGUUGUCCAAGCAAGUGCUGGGCCUGGGUGUGAACGGCAAGGUGCUGGAGUGCUUCCACAGGCGCACUGGGCAGAAAUGUGCCCUGAAGGAUUAUAGAAUGCCUGAAAUCCUGUUGUCCAGGAAUAGAGCAGUGGAAAUAAUGGGACUUAAAAGUGGCCCACUGGGCAGUGAGAACAACUGGAUACCUGGCCUCCAGGAGAUUCCCUUUGCUCUCCUGUACGACAGCCCCAAGGCCCGGCAGGAGGUGGACCACCACUGGCAGGCCUCGGGUGGCCCUCACAUUGUGCGCAUCCUGGACGUGUAUGAGAACAUGCAUCACAGCAAGCGCUGUCUCCUCAUCGUCAUGGAAUGCAUGGAAGGUGGUGAGCUAUUCAGCCGGAUUCAGGAGCGUGGUGACCUGGCUUUCACCGAAAGAGAAGCUGCAGAGAUCAUGCGGGAUAUCGGCACCGCCAUCCAGUUCCUGCACAGCCAGAACAUUGCCCACCGAGAUGUCAAGCCUGAAAACUUGCUCUACACGUCCAAGGAGAAGGAUGCAGUACUCAAGCUCACCGACUUUGGCUUUGCCAAGGAGACCACCCAAAAUGCCCUGCAGACACCCUGUUACACUCCCUAUUAUGUGGCUCCUGAGGUCUUGGGUCCAGAGAAGUACGACAAAUCGUGUGACAUGUGGUCCCUGGGCGUCAUCAUGUACAUCCUCCUGUGUGGCUUCCCGCCCUUCUACUCCAACACGGGCCAGGCUAUCUCCCCAGGGAUGAAGAGGAGGAUCCGCCUAGGCCAGUAUGGCUUCCCCAAUCCUGAGUGGUCGGAGGUUUCUGAAGAUGCCAAGCAGCUGAUCCGUCUCCUGCUGAAGACUGACCCCACAGAGAGGCUGACCAUCACACAGUUCAUGAACCAUCCCUGGAUCAACCAAUCAAUGGUGGUGCCCCAGACGCCUCUUCACACGGCCCGAGUGCUGCAGGAAGAUAGAGACCAUUGGGAUGAGGUCAAGGAGGAGAUGACCAGUGCCCUGGCAACCAUGCGUGUGGACUACGACCAGGUGCAGAUCAAGGAUCUGAAGACCUCUAACAACCGGCUGCUCAACAAGCGGAGAAAGAAGCAAGCAGGCAGUGGCUCCUCAGCCUCACAGGGCUGCAACAACCAGUAGCGCGUGGGGCCAUGGACGAGCCAGGCCUCUCCACGUGGGGGACAGACGGGACUGUGCUGAGGCCCUGCCCCAGAGGGCCUGGGGUCAUUUUUUUUUUUUUUUUAACAAAAUGAUCAUUUUGUUGUGUUUUAAUUUGUCACCUAGAACAUCAGGAUGAGGGACCGUGACUCCAAACCUCCUUAGAGGGGGCCCAGAGCCUGGGAGUAGGGAGCCACCUGCUGUAGCUGCAGUGCCUUUGGGCAGAGCAAUCUGAGUGAGAUGGAGCUCUGUUCUGUGCCGGGGCAUGGCUUUAGACUUCUAGGGUACCAGCAGUUGUGGCAGGCUUCCCUCGUCCCUUGGAGACACCCCCCUAUAGGGUGGUCAGAUGAGCCUGGCCUUGGGAAAGGUGGCUGGCCAUUGGUUGCCAUGGUGACCAGGGACCGGCUUGCUGUGAAUGCUGAGUGAGAGAGCCAGGGAGGGAGAAGGGGCAGUUGAGGGUCUGCCUCUGCCUGCUUGGAGAGGCUGGGCCCCUCAUGCUGCUCGACCCUCUCAGGCUUCCUCCCUUCGGUCUCCAGAGGCCUCAGGGAGGCCGCAGGGUCGGAGGCCCAGGGUUGGUCUGCCUGCCUUACUGGGCAGUCCCGCCUGUCUUGCUGCAACUCCAUCGCACAUGGCCCCUGGAGCUCCCUCCUCGAGUCCCUGGGCCUACCGAUCCUGUUACUACCUUUUACCCAAAGAGUGGCCUUUCAUCUCAGGGGAGGGUGGGAGGUAUUUUUAACCCUUUUCUACUUUGGAAAAUGUCACUGUGACAAAAGCCAGUACAGUUCUCCUGCCCCCACCCACUCAUUGGAUCCCAGGCAGGAAAGCUUCUCUCUGUAACGGUUCAUCCUUCACCUUGUUCUGGUUGAUGGCAGGGGCUGUUUCCUGGUGUACUUUUGUGAGGGUGGGGGCUUCCCAUUAAUCAGGGGUCUCUUUCUACACUCUUGGUCAGACCCAAGGCAAUGGAGAGAAGUGCUGAGUGAUGCUUAGAAAGUCUGGACCCUCCAGAGAGGAUCCUUUCCUUGCUGGCCCAGGCUUACCCAAUGUCACACUGCCCAGGGUAGCCUCAUGGCUCUCAGGGCCUGAUAUGGGCCUGACAAGUGCCUGCAACCCAGCCUGGUUCCUGACCUUUCACUCACUGGCUGGGAAAGCCUAGCCCACAUCAGAUAGAAAAACACUGCUGGGUUUUACAUCUAGAUAGUAAUAAAUACCAUUUUGGCAUUUC